AGGGGAGCACGUGCGUCGGUCAUGGCUGAGAAGACGUUGUGCGGUGGUUAUCUGGCUGUAGGCGCAGAGUGCUAGAAACAGCCGCAGCUCCUCUUGCUAACGGGCUGAUCAGGGGAGUGAAUGUCUUGUGUGAGUGUGUGUGUGAGUGAAUGUGAGUGUAUGUGAGUCUGCGUGCGCAUGUAGAUACUGCACGAGCUGCAACCGGAGCUACUGCUGCUGGUGAAUAAUGCAGAAAGGGGAUCGGAGUUUGCAUUGCAUGCAGGGAGCCAGAUUAAUAAUGAACCCUGCUGGGUUACGAGCUCUGCAUUAGUUAGUUUUGCUGGAACCUGUAGCUACUGCCAGACUUACUGACUCCCUGCCUACCUCUCUGCCUGCCUACCAGCCAUUCUACCUGACUGACGGACAGUCUGACUUACUCACAAAAUGUCUCACUACCAUUUCAUCAAAUGCUGUUGUUUCCAGCUAUGUAAUGUCUUUCGUCAGAACAUGGAGAUAGACCAGUGUCUGCUGGAGUCUCUGCCCAUUGGCCAGCGCCAGCGGCUUGUCAGGAGGAUGCGCUGUGACCAAAUAAAGGCGUACUAUGAGAGGGAAAAGAGCCUUCAGCGCCAGCAAGGUGGCGUCAAGGUUCGAGUUCCGCCAACCCAUCGGAAGAAGCACCAUGUACGCUUCAACCUCACUGACGUCAUACAAGAUGCCAUAAUUCGUCAUGACGAUAAAGAAGUGUUGCGUCUCCUUAAGGAGGGCACUGACCCCAACACUCCCAUUUCUUCUGGCGGAUCUUUGCUACACCUGUGUGCUCGCCAUGACAAUGUGUUUGCGGCAGAACUUCUGAUCGAGCGAGGCCUAAAUGUCAACCUGCAGGACGAGGACCUGUGGACAGCCCUGCAUGUAGCGUGUGUGUGUGACCACGCAGAUGUGGUGCUGCUCCUGCUGCUCGCUGGGGUGAACGUUCUGCUUCAAGACGUUAACGGAAACAUUCCUCUGGACUACGCCACCGAGGGGACUGAGACCAGCUGUAUCCUCCGCAAACACCUGGAGGAAAAUGGCGUAGAUUUGUCAUCCAUACACACCAUGAAGAUGCAGAGACCCAGCACAAUGCUGUCUGAUGUUAGGCAGCUUGUUGCCAUAGGGGGAGGCCUCAACCAGCCCAAUGAUGACGGGAUCACACUGCUUCAUAUAGCAUGUGCCAGUGGUUAUCGAGACGUGGUGUCUGUGAUGUUGGAGAGUGGGGCAGACCCUCAUCCUGCUGACAACAGCUUUUGGACCCCUCUUCACCUGGCUGCUAAAUACGGACAGACAAGCAUUGUUAGCCAGCUCCUUAGGCACGGAGCAAACCCGACUCUGUUGAACUGCAACCAAGACAAGCCCUCAGACAUUGCUGCAUCAGAGCCCAUAGCUGAUAUGCUGCUAAAUGCAGAGGAGAGCUGGCUGCAGAGACUGGAGGACCCCUCUGCUCCUCUACCCUCCACUGACCAACGUUAUGAUGGCGGUUCACACGACCUCAACACACCUGUCAAGAACCUGAACCCCUUGGGUCUCCCUAUCUCUAAGCGGGACAGUCUGCUGGAGAAGUAUGCUAUGUUUAGAGAGGCAGGUGGAGCACUGAGCCGACAGCCCUCCCAGGACAAUGGCUUAGAUGGCCCCUUUAGUUCUGGAACCAGCAAACUGGAGCAGGUCAAGCUGAUGCCUCCUGCUCCCAAUGAUGACCUGGCAUCCCUCAGUGAGCUGACAGACAGCAGCCUGCUCUAUGAGAUGCAGAAGCGCUUUGGGAAUGACCAGAUAUACACUUACAUCGGACACAUCCUUCUGCUGGUCAAUCCAAACAAAGAGCUGCCCAUAUACUCUACUUUGGUGAGUCAGCUGUACCUGAGUUCCACAGGUCGUUUGUGCUCCUCUCUGCCACCUCACAUCUUCUCCUCAGCGGAAAGAGCUUACCACAUGAUGCUGCAGGAGAGACGCCCACAGUGUUUCAUUCUGAGUGGGGAAAGUGGUUCUGGGAAAACAGAGGCCUGUAAGCACAUUGUGAGACACUUGACAGCCCGUUCAAACCCCAAAGGUUUUGCGCUGGAGCCCAGAAUGAAGCACGUUAACUGUAUUCUGGAGGCCUUCGGUCAUGCAAAGACUCAGAGGAACAACAACUCAAGCCGCUUUAUCAAGCUGUUGACCAUCCAAUACUGUGAGAAGAAGAAAACACUGCUCAGAGCCCGGGUGUACACCUACAUGCUGGAGAAGUCUCGGUUGGUCCACCUUCGUCCUCACCAGCACAGCUUCAGCAUCUUCUGUCUAAUGGCUGAAGGCCUCUCUCCUGAGGAGAACAGCGCACUUUACCUCAACAACGUCCUGGCUCACAGGUAUCUUUGUGGUGGCUUACCAAGGGAGAACCCUCCAGUAGCUACAGCCUCCACCCAGGGCAGAGAACGCCUGGCAGCAGUCAAACAGGCCUUGCGUGCCCUGGGCUUCAACAAACAGGAAGUUGACUCGGUGUUUACGCUUUUAGCCGCAGUGCUCCAUAUUGGGGACCUACGUUUUACAGCACUGACAGAUGCCGAUGCAGCCUUCCCUUCAGACCUGCAGCUGCUGGAGAGAGUUUCUGGGAUGUUGCAGGUUUCCUCCACUGACUUAAGCACUGCCCUCACCUCUGAUGUUCAGUACUUCAAAGGUGAUGUGAUCACUCGGCGCCACACAGUGGAGAUGUCAGAGCAGUACAGAGACCAGCUGGCGAAGGCCAUCUACGGACGCCUCUUCAGCUAUCUGGUCAACAGUAGCAACGACUACCUACAGGGACAGGACGACAGCACUGGUGAUCCUGCCUUGGAAAUUGGGAUCUUGGACAUCUUUGGCUUUGAAGAAUUUCAGAGGAAUGGAUUUGAGCAGCUGUGCGUGAACAUGACCAACGAACGGCUGAGGCAAUACGUCUCUGGGGUGCUAUUCCAGCAGGAGCAGGCAGAGUGUCUGCAGGAGGGCAUCACCAUGGAUACCCUGUGUUCCCCCUGCAACCAGCCAGCCGUCCUGGACUUCUUUCUUCAGAGGCCUCAGGGGCUGCUGUGCGUGUUAGAUGAGGAGAGCCAGAGCCUGCGGCCAUCAGACCAGACCCUGUACAAGAGGCUGUCAACCCAGCUUGACUCCAAUCCUACUCACGGCCUCUCUCUCACAACCAAGGACGGCAAUGGAAACCCUCCUCCCAAAGACCAGGGCCCAGCCUUCACUGUCAGCCACUAUGCUGGACAGAUUUCAUAUGACCUCACAGGAUCUCUCACAAAAAACAAGGACUCCCUCCCUCAGAAUCUCUUGUUUACGAUGAAGUCCAGUGAAAGUGUGUUACUGCAGCAACUCUUCCAGUCCAAGCUGACUCAGACUGGUUCUCUGGUGCCAGCAGCCCAGGGCCGUGCUGGGCUGAGGGGGCCUAAAGCUGCACUGUUACUCCACAGGAUGCCGUCACCCUCCCUUGUAACUGCCAACACAGUCCCCCAACAGCCCCGGAGGUACCAUGACCUUACCAAGAUCUUGAAGAAGAAAGGCUCAAGCUCCUUCCUCCAACGGCUAGAGCGUUGUGGGCCCAUCACAGUGGCUGUCCAGCUAAGGAACUCGCUGUCAGAGGUGAUCAGUAAGCUGCAGGCUUGCACUCCUCACUUUGUGGAGUGUGUGCGCCCCAAUGCCAGUGGUCAACCAGACAGUUUCGACAGCUUCCAUGUUUCUGCCCAGCUGCAGUACAUUGGGGUGCUUGAAAUGGUGCGCAUGAUCCGUUAUGGAUACCCUGUCCGCCUGUCCUUCCCAGGCUUCCUCAGCAGAUACAAAGACCUUGUUGUCCCAACUUUGGGAGACAAGAAGAAAUUGUCAUCGGAGGAGAGAUGUCGCUCAGUUCUGCAACAAUCCAAACUCCAGGGAUGGCAGAUGGGCAGCAGUAAAGUGUUUCUGAGAUACUGGCAGGCAGACCAGCUGAACGACCGCUGCUACCAGCUUCAUAAAAAGAUUAUCACCUGUCAGAAAGUGGUGCGUGGCUGGCUGGCCAGACAGCGUCUUCAUCGUAGGCUGUCAUCACAGCAGAAGGAGGAGUGCAGUGUGCAGCAUUUCCUGCAGGGGGCAGAGGACAUGGGGCUGCGAACCUAUGAUCAGCUGGUCAUCCAAAACGCGUCCGACAUCGCAAGAGAGAGCGACCGUCUGCGCUGCCAUGGCAGCAGCGUUCUCAACACCUUUGGCAACAGCCCACCUCUUGGUGAGAGGCCUGAGCCGGUGGGCAAGGAAGAGGAUCAACCUGUCAGGAGGGUUCUGGAGAAAAAUGGGAAAGGCUAUGAGGGUCCUGUCAACGGGGGCAGUCGAGUUAUUCGCCACUUUCGGUCUAGCUCAGUACCAACCCCCCUUGCCAUGGAGAACAUGGUCCAUUCCUCUGCCAGUCCAUCCAUCAAACCAGCCCUGCAGCAGAUACCUCAUACCAAUGAGGACAGCACAGGUGGGGGAGGUCUUUCCUCUCCCCGUAAGCAACCUCCUCCCAAACCAAAGAGGGACCCUAACACUCGUCUGAGUGCAUCUUAUGAAGCAGUUAGUGCAGGGUUGACAGUGGCAGCCAAAGAGAGCCCCACUCCAGAGGGCUAUGGCUCACCAGCUGGAAGCCCUCCUAAGUCCCAGCUGUCCCCCACUGACCCUGCAGCUUUGUCCAAGCCCCGUCCUCACAGUGAUGACUACACUACCAUGAGGAAGGUGCCACCUCCCAAACCUAAACGCAGUCCCAACACUAAGCUCACUGGCUCAUAUGAAGAGAUCAACGCUGUAGCACCCCACAUCCACCAGCUGCGCCCUGCUGAUGUAAAGUUGGCCUUGCUGUCCCGUGCUGGGGGGUUUGGAGGGUUUGGUGGUUUGAUGCAGAAAGCAGCCUCUCUUGAUGCACCACAAGGGAUGGGACUGAGCCUGUACCAGGGCCAAGAUGAGGAGGAUGUGUACAUAGAAAUGUUGGGCUCCCAGCCACGGGCUCGGAGCCUCCAGGAGCCCCCUGAUAGCCCAGAGCAGGCUGACUCAGAGGCUGUCUACGAGGAGAUGAAGUAUUUUCCUCCAGAGGAUGGUGGAACUCCUGCCGCUGUGGUUACCAAGGCAGCCAGACUGGAGGCUCUAGGCUUGGGCUUGGUGGGAUUAGGGACAUCUCCUCCACAGAGCAGUGAGACCAAACGGAUGGCAGCGGGGGUGACCGCUGCCAUGGACGUCACUCACUCACAGAGCACAUUCAACAGCGGAACACCCAAAACGCCACAUGGCAAAGAUGGCAGCUGUGACAUUCCUGCUCCCUUCCCCAACUUGCUUCCCCACCGUCCACCUCUCCUGGUGUUCCCCCCCUCCCCUGUCACCUGCUCUCCUGCUUCAGAUGAGUCACCCCUUACCCCACUAGAAGUAAAGAAGCUACCUGUGUUUGAGACAAACCUGAACUAUGCUACCGGCCCAGACAGUCCCCUGUCCCCACAGUACGCUCGUCAGAGGGCCGACUCCUCCCCUAGCCUUACUGUCCUCAUGCCAGAGAAAAAGUCCACACCUCCACUCACCCCUCCUCCUCCCAGUGCCCCACCUCCCCCCUACAGACCUCCUUCACACUUCCCCUUCCCACCUGAGGCCAACUUUCUGGCUCUGACACGAGCAUCAUCUGUCACAGGGAGCUCGGAUUCCCCCAAAACCUCAUGCUCUCAAAGAUCAAGUGGGGAACCAUUGGGAAAGCCACCUCCGUAUUCCCCAGUGAAGAUGUCUCGCCCUGAGCCUCGGAGAGCCCACUCGUGCUCCUCCUCUCCACUGCUGUUCAACCCAGCCAAUGGCAGACCCCUGACCAGCCCCCUGGAUGAGCUCAACACUUUGUUCAGCUCUGGACGCAGCCUGCUAAGGAAGUCCACAUCUGGCCGCAAGAUGAGAGAUGGAGGAUUCAAUUCUAAUAUUAAUCUACCAGGAAGGGAAGAAUGUGGCUCUGCCCCCACCUCACCAUCGCUGCAGCUUCAGGACAAGAAUGCCAACAACCACUCUCCUCACUCCCCGAGCCCAGCCCCCGUAGAGAACGGCAACCAGAUCUCCAACGGUUCGCUGGAGGAUGAGAGUCACAGCAAGUCAAACACUUCGAGCUCUACCUCUCUGCACAGACACAUGGACAGCCAUCACACUCAGGUACUUCAGCGGUUACGUCUGUGCAACGGGGAUGAGAGUGCCGCCUUUGGGGAGCUCCUGCGAUGGAGACGAGGACAGUGUGAGGGGCGGGGUGACUGGAAGCACCGUCCACCUCAGUCCCCACCCUUGCCCCCCACGCUGCUCUGGACCAACAGGAAGGCCUCUCCGUGAUGGGGGUUGUGUGAUUCAGUCACAUGUAAUGGCUAUGAAGUUCCUCACCGUUAUUCUCUUCAGCCACACUCACAGAUGUGCUUUUUUUGUUUGUUUUUUUUUGUUGUUGUUGUUUGUUUGUUUUUUAUGUGGACCAAGUAGGGCUGAAGGUCUGCGCCUUUGACCUCAACUGUGGCGGGUUCCCCGACUCUGAAAAAAGCUCUGUUACCACUGACUGGUUUUUUCGAUGAAGAAUGAAUGGAAAGCAGACACAGUAGAGGUGCAAAGGGAGCUGCUUUUUAGUGAACAAAGAUAAGAGACAAACUCACCGCAAUGUUAUUCAGUUCUUCUGACACAAAAGGUAUGAUGUUCAUCAAUGGGAGGCUGAAUUAAACAGCAGACUAGCAGUGUUUUCAUAGUAGUUAGAUAUUAAUUGCCCCUUUAGCUCAUCUGUAUCCUAGCCUAUCAUGUUGUACUGCUGAACACAAAGGAGCUCCACCCCAAAACAUGGUGCUGAUUUUACUUGACGUGCUGUCCUGUGAUGUUCCCAUGAGUGCUUGUGUGUGCAGCCCCUGAUUCUCAGAAGUCUUUGAAGUUUACAGGUAAACCAACGCCUUUGGUCGCCUCCGGUUUUUAGCAUCAGUGUGCUGGCUUAGUCAUGGGAUCUUUUCAGGUAUACAGCUCUCACUUAGCCUCUCAUGUUUGGGCUCGAAGUGCUACUGCAGCCCUGGGAACAAGCGACCAGGGGUCAGGGUAACCUCAGCAUAAUAUCCUAAGGUGCACUUUUCUUCCCCAUUGUUACCACCAGCCUUUGAGGUACAAAGACCUCUGGCCAAAAUGCAACCUACUGCACUAACCUUUACUAGGACAAGGGGAUCCAACGAAAAACCUUUGGUUUAAUCUUUAAAGGUAGAGCUAAAAUAACUUAAGCUGACAGGUAUAUGAUUCAUGAUCUGAAUAUGAAACUCUGUGCCAAAGUGACAAAACAAAGAUAUGUCUGAACCAACAAGUAUAGUUAUAAAAACUGAUGCAUACUGUAGUCCCCAUAUACUCAUAUGUACAGACUGACAAAUGACCAAAUCAAAGCUGUUUCGGUGGUGAUUCGUUUUCUAAAUAGAUCAAAAGAACAUGUCGGGGGGCUGACAGUCUACACUUGAAAAACGCAGACUUUUACUCUCAUUUUGUCUCAUCAACACCUGAACAGUUUGACGUGUUUGGUGUUGUUGGGGAGACUGUGCAGAGCUCAGGAACUCACGCACAGAUGAACUCUUUUCUUCUUGUACAGCUUACUCCACCAUGGAUGGGUGUGCCUGCCCUGCAUCCUCCCACCAUCUGCUUCCCCCACUUGACCCAAACAAACAGACCCCUUUUCCCCAUUUGGUCUCUGACCCUGCCCCCACCUUCCUAAUGGAUCAAGCCAGCUCCACGGGUGUCUCCAUGGUAACCACUCUGUAAAUAGUGACCAGUGUUGUGUGUUCUGGCUCUUACUAUAACAGAGAAGCACACAGAUUGAACUGAAAGACAGGGAAGAGAUGAGAUAAUAUUAUCCAUGAUGUGAAACUGAGAUUUAAGAAUGUCUUGGGUUAGAUGCAAUGAGGUAAAGAGAAGAGGUUUAUUUUAAAAUGUGAAUAUCUUUUUUCAGGAUGAUUGUCUAUGGCUAUGAAAUUCUUUAUUUAACAAUAUUUGUUUUUGUUCCCUGUUGACCCUGUUGUUCUGCUCCUACAAUGCAAGGCGAAUGUUUUCACUGUAAAUGGAUGUUUAAUUGCACAAUAUUUAUGUAGUGUCGUGUUGACUUCUGUAAUGGGCUGGGUGUGUCUCGACAAGCUGUUUGAUCUUUGAAAAUCGCUCUGAAUUGUUGGAGCCACAAAGUAUCAAUAGCUCUAAUUGAUUUCUCAUUCCCACUGAUCACCCACAAUGUGUCUGAUUGAUUCAGCCUUACGAAUUAGCAGCACCAUCACAGGAUCGAUCUCUGUGGCUGUCUGUGCGUGAAGCUGCACAAAUAUCCAAGAGCAAUCAGUGGAGGACACUGAUACUCAAAACAGAGAUGGCAAAUCCGCUGAGCUGCAUUUUUUUGACUGACUGGCUGAAUGUAUAAAUGCACAAAUUUCUUUUACUGCCUGUGCACAUCAACGAAACCCUGUGUAUGUUACUACUAGAACAUGCGCCUGUAUCUAAACAGUGUACCUGACUGCUUAAUGUAAUUAUUGUCUUCAGAAGUUAUGUAUGCAAUCCAUGAUUUUUUCUUUUUAAGUUGAUAACAAAGCAGCAUUUCUGAUAAGGUAUUGAUUUGCUCCAUGAUUCACACCUGCUGUGAUUGAGGUUGCAUGAAUAGUACUGCAUUGCAGAGCUAUGUCGGACAUUUUCAUCAUAGUGCGAUUCGGCUUACUCGCACGAGGGUUUAAUUCUAUCUGUGAUCAAACGAAAUAAAAAGGAACCAAGAUCAGGCUAGUCAACCAUGCCAAUGAACAAGAAUUUAUAGCCUCUGGACUGGUCCUUUGUUAUGGCCAGGGUUCUGUUUAGUCAUGAGCUUUAUGGCUUUGUGUAUUACCAUGUUUACUGAAAUUAUUAAAUGGGAUUUUUUUGUUUUUUAAUUGUCUUUAAAAGCAUAUCAGUGCUUUUCACCAUGCAUGAACACAUGUUGGGCCUGCCCCCAAUAAUGUGCUCAGAUUUUUAAAAAAGCUGUCUAAUACGAAGAACUGCUUCCCACUGCACUGUGAAUCACUGCACUGUCCUGUCUGUCACCUAAACGUUCAUCAUCAGUUUACAUCAACCUUUACACACACACAUCAGCACCGUCAUAUACCGUCCCUGAUGACCUAGCUCAGUCUGUCAUAAGCGUUACCGGUCUCCGGCAGCCAGAUUACUGCCAGUCAUCGUUGUUUGUCAGGAAUCUGAAAAUCAUCUGCUCCGAGAUCAGCUCCCUGGUGCUAUAGCCAGUGCAGAAUGGCCAUUUUAUUGUUCCCCAGUCCAUGUAUAGUUGUCCAGAGAGGCACAAUAUUUUAGCACCCAAAAAGGGUAUUUCACUGCCUUUCAUAGUGUUGUUUUUUUAUUGUAGUCUUUCUUUUGUACAUGACAUACAGUAUAUUUUAACCUGCAUACAUAUGUGUUUGUGGAAAGAAAAAAGAUUGUGAUAUUUCAUAAUAAUUAUCUCCCCAAUGUUUUAUAAGUACUGUACCUGUACAGCAAUAAAGCACAAAUGUGUCAAUGCCUUGUG